CGGAAUUAAUGGCGACGUCUAGCGUUGUCGUGUUCAGAGUGUGAGAAAAUAAUGUUUUGCGAAGGAGUAUUUCAAUUCUGCACGAAAAAGUAUUAACGAAAGUAAAAGACAGACGCGAUUGAAUUCCGUGUGAAAGUAAAAUAAAGUAUUCACGAUAAUGGACCAGGCACCUGCAGAUACAGAGUUACGGAACAUCAUAGACAAGCUGGCACAGUUUGUGGCUCGCAAUGGACCAGAGUUCGAGCAGAUGACGAAAAACAAGCAGAAGGACAACCCAAAGUUUGGUUUCCUGUUCGGUGGAGAGCACUUCAACUACUAUCAAUACAAAGUGACUACAGAGCAAGCCAUUUUAAAGCAAAAAGGAAUAAAUCCAAUGCAAAAUGCAGACCCACGUUUAAACGUUUCGCAGCAGCAGCAAACAGCCGCUACCGUCGCGCAGCCACUGAAUAACGUCAAUCUUGCACCUGGCCUAAAUACUCAAAACAAUGGAUUAAAUCCAGUAGUGGGGAUUGGACCAGUGGGAAAUCAAGGUGGUCCCGUUAUACCUGGAGUACCAGGACAAAUUGGAGUACCAGGACAAAUUGGAGGGCCAGGAAAUGCAGGACCAAUUGGACCGGUGCCUGGUGCUAUGGGAGGUGUAAAUCCACCUAUCGCUGGUGUUACUCAACCGGUUAACAUCAGUGGGCCCCCUGGAUGGCUUCAAAAUGAAUUGGCAAAUCUUCAGUCACAGCAGACCACGCUACAGGAACAAGUUAGACAAUCAGAACAAAAUCUGGCUGCGCAACAUGCUGCAUUGAUGGCACAACAACAAGGAAGGGUUGAGGAUGCUGUGAGACAAGCUCAAGAAACAGCUUUACAGAAUAGUGCGCAAAGCACGAAUACAGAUUUGACCGCAUUUGAUGCAGUUCUACAACCUAUCAUUGAUAGCUGCACAAAAGAUAGCAUCAGUGCAGGAAAAGCCUGGAUACUUCAAAAUUCUGUUACGCCACAAAGUAAUCAAGUUGUUGCAGACCAUUUGCUAAAGAAAGUAAUUCAGGCGACAAAUUUUAGUCAUAAACUCCAUAUCAUCUACUUGGUCAACGAUGUUUUACAUCAUUGUGCAAGAAAAAAAUCUAUGGAUCUUCGCAAGGCAAUGGAAAGUGUUGUUGUUCCCAUGUUCUGUAACACUUCACUAGCUGCAUCAGAAGAACAACUUAAUAAAUUAAAUAAACUAUUAAGCUUAUGGGAAUCAAAAAAUAAUUACUUUGAUGAAGGAAUUAUAGAUAAGUUGAAACAACCAAGUACGUCUUGGUCUGAGUAUCAGGCCAACCUGGUUGCACAGCAUGCUAGUGCAAUCACACCGAUUACCACGUCAACAAAACAGACAUUUGAUAAUUAUCAAGCACAACAUCAAGCGUUUGUUACUCAUGCUUUGAGACAAAUUCAGAACAUUGAGCAGCAAAAAAUAGCCAUUGAUCAACAAUUAAAAGCUCCACCCCCACCUCCACCACAAUUGAAUCAGCAGAAUAUGUCUAUACCACCUAGUCAUACCGGCCCUCCUGCUCCAAUAGCCACAGAUGUAAAUUUCAGUCAACCACCGCCAGGAUGGGGUGUACCUCCCGGAAGCGAACCGCCGCCAUUUACAAAUGUUCCAUUACCAGAUUUUUCAAAACCACCACCUGGAUUCGGUCCACCGCCCGUUAUACACGAGCCUUCCGUCGAAGACUUAAUGCCCAGUAUGCCUUACUAUGAACUUCCUGCUGGUCUGAUGGUGCCUCUAAUCAAAUUGGAAGAUGCCGAAUAUAAACCAUUGGAUCCAGAAGCUAUUAGACUUCCACCACCUGCUCCUCCGAGUGAACGAUUGGUAGCAGCUGUAGAAGCAUUCUACGCGCCUCCAAAUCAUGACUCUCCACGAGAUAGCGAUGGAUGGGAAAAAUUAGGUUUAUACGAGUAUUAUAAAGCAAAGAACGCUGCGCGUAAACGUAAAGAAGAGGACAUAGUAGCCGGUCUUAGGCAGAAAUCGAAAUCGCCUUCGCCGAUCCUUAGGCCAAGAUCUAAAAGUCCUAGCCCACCAAAGAAACGAUAUCGAAGUAAAUCACGAAGUAGGUCGCGUUCAAGAUCGAGAGGGAGAAGCAGAUCCAGAUCUCCCGCUGCUAACCAUAGACGCAAUAGUCGUACUAGCAAUCAUAAUAACAGGAGCAGGAGAAGGAGGAAUAGCAACAAAGAUCGAAGUCCUGACAGAAGAAUGGACAGGCAAGAUCGAAGUCCAACUCCGCCUAGUUUUCUCGGAUCAACUUACAGUAAAGCGCCGCAAGAAAUUAGCCUGGACGAGAGCAACAAAGGUCAUCAGUUGUUGAAGAAAAUGGGCUGGGGUGGUGCGGGACUUGGUGCCAAUGAACAGGGUAUCGAAGCACCAAUAUCCGGGGGUGAAAUUAGAGAUAAAAAUGAUCAAUACAAAGGCGUUGGUAUUAAUUUAAAUGAUCCAUACGAAAACUUUAGGAAAAGUAAGGGUCAAGCAUUUAUAACUAGAAUGAAAGCAAGAGCGGAAGAACGUGCUGAAGAGAGGGGCGAACGGGACUAAAAUAUAAUCAAGUAAACUAAUUAAUUUGUCUAUAUCUCUUUCGACGAAGUAUAAUUAUCGAGUGCAGUAUGAAUUCCCAUUAUCCAAUGAUCGACAUAAUUGUUCAUUGAUCCUAUCCUUUUCAUUCGAUCGACUGUAAUAAAUAUUUUACGUCUUUCAUUGGAUUUAUAAUAACGUUACAUUGUAAUGAUUUGCAAUUGAAAUUGCAAGAUUAUAUGCACCGUGUACAAUUUUAUAUUUUCGUUAGAAAAAAAACACAAUCGGUUAUUUCUAAUUUUAAUAGCACGAGACUAGAAAAGAAGAAUAUCUUUUCCAUAACGGUGUCGAUCAUUCGAAAUCACAAAUCAUCGUCUCGUCUGUACGUCAACGCGUGAGGAAAAUACCGCGAGUGAAUGCUGAAAAAGUAAAUAAUUGUUUAUAAAAGGAAAAAAGAAAAUGAUUACUUGUCAAUUUAUAAAUAAGACAAGUGUUACAUAAGUUUACGAUAUCGUAUACAUUCGGAGCAGCUGUUAUUUACUAGAUCGAAUACCGACGAUGCAUACGUGCGUAAGGAAAAACGCGAUCGUAUGCAUCUAUUGUACAUUAUGUACAAAAACUAUUCAACGUUCGGCAAGGUUACCGCUAAAUAAUGAUAGUUGAUUUUGUUUAUUUACAAUUCUCAAGACAUCUUAACGAAGAGUGUAACUUUAAACAUACCAUAUGAAACGAUUAAUCGAUUUAUAUCGAUCAAUCUCGUCAUAAACUUAACGCGUGAAUAUUACAUUUGUUUCGAUUGUAAUUUAAAGCGACACAUUCAAACGAAACUUCAUUCUACUCCUGUAAGAAAUUCUUAAUCUACCCGCGAAGAGAUGUUUUGGUUACGAAAAUAAGAUGGCGUCUUAAUUCGUGCGUCCAUCGUUUGCACGUGAAACUAAAGCGUACUUGUAUUUAGUAAGUUAAUAAAUGGUUAUAUUGGAUACAUUAAGAACAA